AUGCGAUUCCAUCGUCAAGGUAUCUCAGCCAUCAUAGGCGUACUACUCAUUGUACUGCUUGGUUUCUGUUGGAAGUUAUCUGGAUCUUACGGCAUAGUAUCAACUGCCCUACCACACAAUCAAUCUGCAAUUAAAAGCACAGACUUACCUUCUAUACGAUGGGAUAAUUACCAUGAGUUCGUCAGAGACAUUGAUUUUGAUAACAGUACGGCUAUCUUUAAUUCCAUUCGGGCUGCUUUAAGACAGUCUCCAUCGGAUAUACAUCCUGUCGGAGUAUCUUAUUUUCCCGCUGUAAUUCCCAAAGGAACUUUAAUGUACCAUGCCGGAUCAAAAGUGCCAACUACCUUCGAAUGGCUAGCUAUGGACCAUGAAUUCAGCUACUCUUUCGGCUUGAGGUCACCAUCCUAUGGGAGAAAAUCUUUGGAAAGAAGGCAUGGGAGGUUCGGCAAUGGCACCAACGGUGAUCAUCCAAAAGGGCCACCACCACCACCACCACCACCAGACGAAAAAGGUCGGGGUUCACAAAAAAUGCUUACUUAUAGAGCAGCACGGGACCUCAACAAAUUUCUCUAUCUUGAUGGGGCUUCUGCUGCGAAAACUGACUCAGGAGAGAUGGACACGCAGCUAAUGUUGUCAAAUGUUAUUAAAGAGAAAUUGAACCUUACAGAUGAUGGUGAAAACGAACGAAUGGCCGAACGACUCUACGCUGCUAGAAUAUGCAAAUGGGGGAAGCCAUUCGGGCUUGACGGAAUUAUCAGGGUAGAGGUUGGCUUUGAGGUCGUUUUGUGUGAUUUUUCGGCUGAUAACGUCGAACUUGUUUCAAUGUUAGAAAUGGUCCAGCCUAACCAGUACCUAGGCUUACCAGCACCUACCGUAAUAUCGAAGGAAGAAGGUUGGCCUCUGGAUGAAAAUGGAAGCCUAGUUGAAGAUCAGCUAACAGAUGACCAAAAGGCGAUUCUGGAAAGAGAAGAUGGUUGGGAGAAGGCUUUUUCUAAUUUCAACGCAGUUAAAAGCUUCAAUCAGUUGAGAGCGGGUGCAGCGCAUGACAACGGGGAGCAUCGAAUCCAUAUCGACUAUAGGUACCUAGUGAGCGGGAUAAACAGGACGUACAUUGCUCCUGAUCCUAACAACAGAAGAUUACUCGAUGAAGGAAUGACAUGGGAAAAGCAAUUGGACAUGGUAGAUGACUUAGAAAAGGCGCUGGAAGUCGGAUUUGAUGCCACGCAAAGUAUGGAUUGGCAGUUAGCAUUUGAUGAGCUUGUCCUUAAAUUUGCUCCAUUACUAAAAUCUGUUAGUAACAUACUGAACAGCGAUGGUGAUAUUAAUGAGUCAAUUGCCAUCAAUGCAACAGCACUCACAUUGAACUUUUGUCUACCAAUAUGUGAGCCCAUACCAGGCCUUAAAAACGGAUGCAGACUUUUUGAUUUGGUCAUCUGCUGUCAGCGUUGUCGGAGAAAUUGUUGA